AUGUGUCGGCUCUUUGCUUGCCUGUCUCCUGUAGCUGCCCUUGUUCGGAUCCGGGCAUGCCAACAACCAAGUGCCGAGCUUGCCGAUGUGCUUCCUACCCCUCUCAAUAUUGCCAACAGAGUUCCAUUGCUGGGAAGCUGUGCAGCUCCCAGACCACCGCUGAGCCUGGGAGAGCAUGUAUUUGGUUACACAACCCAUCAAAUGCAACGAUCUUCGCAUCUCCCUCUGUAUCGAGGGCUGAAGCUGCAACCCAACUCCAACGUUACUUCCGAGCCAGACCAUGGCCAAGGCAAGGCGUGUUAUGUUCGAAAUUCAGCCGAAGUGGCUAAUGUCAAAGGGCUGGCCCGCAGCCCUCCUUGA